GGUCAUUUGGCGGGUCUCGAACUGUGGUCCUGCGCAACACUGGCCUCUACUUCUCCCUGUUAACGAGAAGCGAAGCCAUUGAAGCUGAGAACGCGGGAGAUCGAGAGUGAUGAAGAAAGAAGAGAAGCGGAAGCUGACGCUCGAAGACUAUGUUUACUUCCUCAACAACCUUGAUUCCCCUCGCCUCAACCUCGAUCAGCUCAACCAGAUCGUCUUCAUGCACGGAUUCAUCAGGUUCCGCACAAAGAAGGAGAUCUUGGCGAAUGUGAGUGGGUUCGAUCUGAUGCGUCCCACGCGAUCGACGAUUCGGGAGCGCGGGAUCACGUCGUGCGCGGUGCUCGAGCUGGAGGAGGUGAAGGACGACAUCGCCGCCAUCGGAUGGCAGGAAUGCCCCAUCGGCUCCCUCACCACCGUCCGGCCGCUGGCACCCGCGCCGGCACCAGUGGAGUCCACCGCGGUGGAGCCGGAGCCGGAGGCCGCGUCGAUCUCCUCGGCCUCCGCCGCGUCGCACCUCGGUCGCCUCGCCGCUGCCUCCUCCUCCUCCUCCGGCGUCAAGAAGAGGAAGCGGAAGCCCAAGACCGCCUCACUGCGCUCCCUCCCGGCAAACUAACAACUACAGGCCCAGCUGAUCAUCCGACGUGGCACGUUACGGCAGCGUCACGCAUGUGUGUCCCAUUUUGUGGUCCUAUUUUGGCGGCAGUAUGGUUCUGAUGGUUUUGGGGCUUAUGGCUUUCCUUCUUUUUCCUGUGGAUUCGUGCGCGCUACGUUUGUAAAGGGUCCGUAACGGAGCUUAAGAAGCAAAGGGGAAAAAUCUCGACGCCGUUAUCCCAUUAUCAAUACUCCUAUCUAAAACGCUUUUUUUU